AAAAUAAACGAGCAGUGUGCCAUUGUUUCUUCCACCGUCACUUGACUCGACAUGCCAUCCAUAUCCAUGGCUUCCAAAAUUCAACCGUUUUGGAAUGGGCGGAGCGCCAUCGACACCGCGGCUGGGCAGCGCAGUGGAGUCGGCUGAGUACUUAAUUGCGGCCUUCGUUGGCGAGAAAUCGUUCCCUCUCGCCUCUGAUUACUGGCAGAAGCUUCUCCACCUGCAACUCGACCUUCGCUGGGCCCCCGAUCGCGUCCUCGAAGCUUGCCAUCUCUUCGCAAGGAACAAUUGUGACACAAGGCACCUGACGAAGAUUUUGAUACACCUAUCGUGGUGCUUGCAAGAGUGUGUUGAUGAUGCCUCUGCUGCGGAAUCUCCAGCUUUCUCUAAGUCUCUUAAUGCACUACUUUUAUCAUCCAUUUUUCUUAAGUAUCUCAUUGAGAGUGCAACGAGUGACAACUUUGAAGAACUAUACCUAUUGCUGGAUGAAACUGAGCCGAUUCCUAGUAAUUUUUCAAAAGGUGAAAACGUUGCAGACCGUGUCAUGUACAGUGUGCUCACCUUCAUUGCCAAAGUUGAUGUUAGACCUGGAACAUACCUUCUACAUUAUGAGCUGCUUAACUUCUUGCUGAUUGCCAUGUCGACUCAACUUCUCUCUGGGCCAUCACCAGGACUGAAUGAGAAACACCCUUUUGCUGAUGCAGCAAUGACUCAGGAAAGUUCCUUGGUUGAUUUGGUCGUGAACAAGUUAUUACUAAAUUACACCAUUCAGCCCAGGGUUCCAUUAAGCAGUUUAUUGUAUUCUGUGUUUUCUGAAGCAAAUCAGCUUGGUGUGCUGAGGAGAGUUGGCUCUGCAGCUGCAAACUUGAUGCUGCUGCCCCUUAAUUACUUAGUCAGCUCAAACUAUGAAGCUUCAAGAAGUUCAUUGGCAGAAAGGAGUCUAAAUGUCAUACUUGUUCUUGUUAAUUACCGUAAAUGCAUGUCUGAUCUUUCUCUGAAGGAUAAAGAUGACAACUGCAAUUCAGAUUCCCUCUGUAAGGAAGAGUGUCACCUGGAGGAAGAAACAUAUUUUUCCGAAAACCCUUUCUGCAAAGCAGUAGAGAAUGUGCAAGAUAUUGAAUUUAGCCACACUGAAGAUGAGAGGAAUGCACCUGGUGAUCUUACAGUGAGGCUACCUUUUGCCUCUCUGUAUGACACUCUUGGCAUGUGCUUGUCUGAUGAAGCAUCUCUCCUGUUGCUUUAUUCUCUAAUGCAAGGAAAUUCAUACUUUUUGGAGUAUAUUUUGGUGCGAACAGAUUUGGAUACACUGUUGAUUCCCAUGUUGGAAACUUUAUAUGAUGCUCCAAGAAGAACACCCAAUCAUAUAUAUAUGGUGCUGAUAGUACUUCUUAUACUCAGCCAAGAUUCCUCUUUUAAUGCCAGCAUUCACAAACUGAUGCUUCCUAGUGUUCCAUGGUAUCAAGAACGUCGCAUUCAUCAAACUUCUCUAGGUUCCCUGAUGAUCAUAAUUUUGGUCAGGACAGUGAAAUAUAACCUCUCUAAACUGAGGGAUAUCUAUCUCCACACAAAUUGCCUGGCAAUUUUGUCAAAUAUGGCAUCAUAUGCUAACCAUUUGAGCGCAUAUGCAUCACAGCAGUUGGUCAGCCUUUUUGACAUGCUUUCACGGAAGUACAAUAAACUAGCAGAGCUUAACAAUGAUAAGAUGAACACAGCAGAUGCCGUUGCCAGAGGAGACAACUUUCUGGAGGAUCCGAUAAUGGAACUGCAUAUAUAUACGGACUUCCUGAGACUUGUGCUGGAGAUACUAAAUGCAAUUCUAACUUAUGCAUUACCUAGAAAUCCAGAGGUUGUUUAUGCAAUUAUGCAUAGGCAGGAGGUUCUUCUACCAUUCCGGAAUCAUCCCCGUUUUAGUGAGCUUCUGGAAAACAUCUUUACUGUUCUUAGUUUCUUCAAUAGCCACAUGGAUAAUCAGAAGAUAGACGAGGAAUGGUCGGUAGAGAAAGUUCUUGAAGUCAUAAUCAACAACUGUCGAUCUUGGAGAGGUGAAGGAAUGAAGAUAUUUACGCAACUACGGUUUAUCUAUGAACAAGAGAUCCACCCCGAAGAGUUCUUCAUUCCAUAUGUGUGGCAGUUGAUAUUGUUCCGCAGCUCCUUUACUUUCAAUCCCAGCAGCAUAAAUUUAUUCCCGGCACCUAUACAUGAGGACAUAAAUGAUGAAGUGGAGGCAGAGAAGCUCCAAACCGGUGAGCUGAAAGAUGAUGCAUUUAAAGCAUAGGAGGGUUUUCUUAUAAUCAAAUGUACAUAACACAGUACUAAUAUACAUCUUUGAGUGUAUAGCCAUUUUUGUUCUUCCA